CAUUCCUAGCGCGUACGUACAUGCGCACACAGGGCCCUAUGGCAUGUGUUGAUGUCUCACUGUAUCCUCAGUUCAGCGUGUGAUAUCGCAUGAGUGCGCCACGGAUUUUUGUACUCGCCUCACGACAGUGGGUUUUGUUUUUGGUCCGUGUGUCUCCGACAGUGUCGCCCGGUCUUCGGGAGCCGAUUCACCGGUCGUCUGUGUGUGCUGUGCCCGCUCGGUGUAAUUACUCGCUGUUUGGAUGCAUAUAAACUGCAGGUCAAAACAGCCGAUCUAACCCAGCAGAUUUGCGAUAUACAUUAACUCUACAUUUUGGCCAUUUUACCAUCAGCAAUGUCACCAUGAGACUUACCAGUAUCCUUCUCGUUGUCUUCCUAAUAUCCCUCUUCCUGGCAUCGGACGCGAGGCUGCGCAACAAAGACGAGACGACGUCCUGCGAGAACGAGGCUGACUUCGAGUGCGAGCCCGGCGUCUGCAUCGAUGCGUCGCUGGCGUGCAACUCGGCGUACGACUGCGAGUCCAUGGCAGACGAGACCGUCAUGCUAUGCGGGUGCCCCUCGGGCGAGUUUAGGUGCCUGAAUUCCUGCAUACCGCUAGAGAAGAGGUGCGACCGGCAUUGCGACUGCCAGGACGACUGUGCAGAUGAAGAUCAUUGUGAUAGCUUCCAGUGUCUUCCUGGGUUUCAGAAGUGCGAAAACCACUUCUGCAUGCCCACUUAUGCCUGGUGCGACUUCGUUGAUGAUUGUGGGGAUAUGUCUGAUGAAGCUCUUUGCGAGAGGCUCGAUUGUUGGUACGGCCAGUUCCAAUGUAUCAACCAGCAGUGCAUCAAUUCGUUUUUCCUGUGUGACGGCAUACAGGACUGCACGGACGGCACGGACGAGAUGGAGUCUACUUGUUCCCCUGGCAACUUUGCCGAUUGCGGCGACGGCACCCGAGUCCGCGCCCAGCAGUUCUGCAACGGCGAUGCAAAGUGCCAGCUCAACAAGGCAGUCGAGAUCAACUGCGAUUGCUCCGACGACGAGUUCCGAUGCGGGAACGGCAAGUGCCUGCCGCCGGCCAAGCAGUGCGAUCGGUUGUGCGACUGUUCCAACUGCGAGGACGAAGAAGGAUGCGAUAAUAAAGACGAUUGCGACACGGACACGCACAUCUUUUGCCCUCCAGUUGACGGCAAACCGCCCGUGUGCCUCCAGAAGCAAUUCAUCUGCGACGGUCGCAGGGACUGUCCUAUUUUCGGGUGGGAUGAGGACGACUGUCAAACGUUACCGGACGGCGAAAGUGUAGCGAGCUGCAAUGUGCCGGGCACGGUGAGCUGUGGCGCGGGAGACCCGCGCUGCCCACCUUCCAAAUAUGUAAAAUGCGACAAAAGGUUCGACUGCUUGACUGGUGUUGACGAGCAGAACUGCACGGUGAUGCCUUGUCCACCGGGACAGCACCAGUGCCGUAGAGGGGGCUAUUGUGUGAAAGAGGAGCUCUGGUGUGAUGGCUACGUGGACUGCUUCGACGGAUCAGACGAGGACAACUGUGAAUUGUUCGAGUGUCCACCGGGUCUACGGAAAUGUGCCGCCGGUCAAUGCAUAUCUCAGAGGCUGUUUUGUGACUACCACCUAGACUGCUUCUACUACAAAAACAGUACAAGGGACGUAUCCGACGAAGCCCACUGCACCAGAAGGCAGUGUCGUGAGGACGAGUUCCAAUGCCGAAGCGGACAGUGCAUCCCAGCGUCCCGGCGCUGUUACCGGGACCAGCAUGACCACGUUCAGGGCUGUGCGGACCUGUCGCAUCUCCGGAACUGCAGUGACUUUGUGUGCCCAGCAGGAGCCUUCAAAUGUGCCCGAUCGCAUUGCAUUAACGGGACAAUGGUUUGCGACAAAAACGUAGAUUGCCUAGAGUCUUGGGACGACGAAGCGCCACGACAUGGGGACACAUGCAUACAGGAGUGUGCCUCGUCUGGUUGCGGCUGCUCCCAAUUCGACAUGACAUGCACUAACAUUGGCCUUAAUGAGUCGUCCUUUAGUCUCAAUGCUAAAGACACGCGGCUGAUCAUACACUUUUCUUUGCCUGGAAAUAAUCUCCACCAUCUCCUGCAAGACCCGACCGCUCUGGAAGGACUCACACGAACGAUCCUUCUGGAUCUUUCAGAUAACGGCGUCACGUUCAUAAACAAAGCGGCCUUGUUGAAUGUACCAAACCUGCAAACACUAAUCUUAGCCGACAAUAAAAUCACCAAACUAGGCAACCAGACAUUCUCUAGCUUACAACAUCUGCGAACACUAAUUUUGAGAGGUAACGCAAUGCAGACAGUAGCGGGGCAGGCCUUUUUAGGACUUGGAGAGCUAACCACGCUGGAUCUGAGCCAACAAAAGAUACAGUCUAUCAACAAAGGAGCGUUCGAUGGUCUCAACAAGCUGGCUUUUUUAAACUUGUCCCACAAUAGAAUGACUGACAUACCAAGGGGCACGUUUUUUGGACUCAAUGAGCUAAAAGAACUAGACAUUUCCAACAAUAAGCUGUCGCAAAUACACGCCGAGGCGUUCUACGGGCUUCCGAAGCUACGCGUUCUCCAUACGGAUGAAUUCCGUUUCUGCUGCAUGGUGCGAGAAAUGGUGUCGGUUGAGACCUGCACUCCCCCGCCGGAUGAGUUCUCGUCCUGCGAGGACCUCAUGGCCAACGUGUUCCUCCGCGGAUCUAUUUGGGUGAUCGGCAUCAUCGCGUCCAUCGGCAACCUGGCUGUCAUUAUGAUGCGGAUGAAUAACAAGCGGGAUAAUCGAUUUCUUGUUCGGCAGACCCCUCUGGGUGAUCAGUUCCCUGUAGCUGAGGGGCUGACUUGGGUGCACUCGUUCCUAAUCACCAACCUGGCCAUCGGCGACUUCUGCAUGGGCGUCUACCUCUUGAUCAUCGCCUCAGUCGACGCCUUCUACCGCGGCUACUACAUCAUCUAUGACGCCCAGUGGCGCGACUCGGCUCUCUGCCGCUUCGCCGGGUUCCUGUCCACGUUCUCCAGCGAGUUGUCCGUGUUCAGUCUGACCAUCAUCACCCUGCAUCGGUUGUUGUCGAUUCUCUUUCCGUUCCGGAUCAAGGACAUGGAGUACAGCGGGGCCGUGCGCGUCAUGGUCGUUACCUGGCUGAUGGUCAUCUUCCUGUCUGCGUUUCCUCUCUUCGGCCUGUCUUACUUCGGCAACUUCUACGGCCGGUCGGGGGUAUGUCUAGCCCUCCACAUCACCCCCGACCUGCCCAAGGGCUGGGAGUACUCUGUCUUCAUCUUCCUAGCUCUCAACUUCAUCUCGUUCCUUACCAUCGCUGUCUCCUACUCCGUCAUGUUCGUGGUGGCUCGGCGUACGCAGAAGGCUGUCAACAGGUCCAGAGACACCAACACCGGUGACGCCAUGGCCAGACGGAUGACGCUGAUUGUCAUGACGGACUUUGUCUGCUGGGUGCCAAUCAUCCUACUGGGCGUGGCUUCGUUGGGCGGGGCCAAAAUACCUCCGCAGGUAUACGCUUGGGUAGCCGUCUUCGUUCUUCCAGUCAACUCGGCCAUCAAUCCCAUGCUGUACACCCUUCUGACAGCGCCCUACGUGCGGCGAGUCAUGAGCAGGGCCCGUACAUCUCUCAACCUCUCGCUGUCCACAGUGACCACGGACAUGAAACAGGUCAACCACGGAGAUCGGCAGGGCCGGAUGUGCAACGGCCGCAAAGGAUGGCAGAAGGGCAUCCGCCUCCCCAAAGCGGACGCGAACAAGAACGCCAUCAAACUGAACACCAUCAUCUCCCAAUCGGACACGGAACCAGACGAACCGGCGACGGCGCAGACACGAAGCGAAGAGCUUAACCUUCUACAGGACCACCACUCCCCCACCCAGGGGGCGGAGUCGGGGAAGGAGGCCGAGGCUGGCAUGCAUACUGGGAACGUGUGAACGGGGAAAAUGGGAAAUUAGAUUUACUUCAAAUUUGAACUGUAGAUGCCGCUUUUUUACCACUUUUGAGAUCUCAGGGGAGGGACACAUGCACGCAGACAUUUCCGUACAAUGCGACAUAGGGCUCCGUGCAUGAACAAGAGAGGGCACUUAUUUUACCACUUGCGAGAGCCCGAGGAUGUGACACACCGCGCGCGUGUGCAGUUCGCGCAUGUAUGGCGCGAAGUUCCCACUCUUGCGGCCCGGUAUUUUAUUCCGAAUGUGCACAUAUAGCCAUAGCGUCCUGGCAUGGGCAUCAGGCCUCGUCAGCAAUGUGUUCCAAUGUCACUCCAAGUGGUCUCCCCAACUCUCCCUUCCUUACCGUGGAGGGGGUACGUCUGCACGUGGAGCCCGUAUGUAUCUUUCUGAAUGUGCACAAACCAAUGCCAUCUUUGCGUGAGCGAUUUUGCGUGAACGACUUUCUGUGAGCCUCUUUGCGUGAGUCUCUUAGCGUGAGUCUCUUUGCGUGAGCCUCUUUGCGUGAGCCUCUUUGCGUGAGCGCAUUUGCUUAAGCUUCUUUGCGUAAGCUUCUUAUUGUGAACGUCUUUGCGUGAGCGUCUUUGCGAGAGUGUCUUUGCGUGAGCGUCUUUGCGUGAGCCUCUUUGCGUGAGCGCAUUUGCUUAAGCUUCUUUGCGUAAGCUUCUUAUUGUGAACGUCUUUGCGUGAGCGUCUUUGCGAGAGUGUCUUUGCGUGAGCGUCUUUGAGUGAGCGCCUGUGCGUGAGCGUCUUUGCGUGAGCGCCUAUGCGUGAAGGCCUUUACUGAGCGUCAAGCACUGAUGUUGCCAAUGGUACAAGAGUCCCUCCCAGUACGGUGGUCCCCCCCAAAACUACUCUCUCUCUCUCUCUUUGCAACCGUUGAGGGGGUACUCAAGCACAAGUUGAUGGGUUUUACUGAGUGUGUCUUGAAAUUUGUAAGAGUGUUUGCGAGAUUGCCACUUUUACAAGGUAUUCACUAAAAACCGGUUGUAUUUUAUCGAGUAUUGUUUAGAUGCAAAUGCACUUUUAUUAGGUUUUAAUGGGCACACACAAUGUCAUUAGAUGCAUUUGCAAUGUAAAGAUACUGCACUCUGAAGGGUGGAUAAAAAAAAACCCGAAACCGAGAUAUUGUUGCUAAUUGGAACAGAA